AUAAGAGAAGAAAUAGAGGUUUAGAAGCAUCUUUUCUUUAUGCCCAACAACUCCCAUGCCUUUCUUGGUCGGACCAAGCCAACUAUUUCCGACAAGUCUUUCCUCAUUUUUCGAGCAAGAAGCGGAACUACAAGAAAGAAUCUAAUUUUUAUGAAGGAAUACAUUUUUUUUAUUAAGCACACACCGGUUAUGAGAGUAGUAAAGGAUUAUUAUGUAACGAUUGAAAGAACUGUAACUGACAACGCAAUAAUUUUUGAUUAUCACCAUUACCAUAAUAAUUAUUAUUAUUAUAACCUGAGUGCUUUUGCUGAGAUGCAGACUCGGACUCAGGCACCUAGCCCGCUUGAGCAAUUUUCCAUUCUCCCAUUGAUUCCUAUGAAUAUAGGAAACUUGUAUUUCUCAUUCACAAAUUCAUCUUUGUUUAUGCUGCUAACUCUCAGUUUGGUCCUACUUCUGAUUCAUUUUGUUACUAAAAAAGGAGGAGGAAACUUAGUACCAAAUGCUUGGCAAUCCUUGGUAGAGCUUAUUUAUGAUUUCGUGCUGAACCUGGUAAACGAACAAAUAGGGGGUCUUUCAGGAAAUGUUAAACAAAAGUUUUUCCCUUGCAUCUUGGUCACUUUUACUUUUUUGUUAUUUUGUAAUCUUCAGGGUAUGAUACCUUAUAGCUUCACAGUUACAAGUCAUUUUCUCAUUACUUUAGGUCUCUCAUUUUCUAUUUUUAUUGGCAUUACUAUAGUGGGAUUUCAAAGAAACGGGCUUCAUUUUUUAAGCUUCUUAUUACCCGCAGGAGUCCCACUGCCAUUAGCACCUUUUUUAGUACUCCUUGAGCUAAUUUCUUAUUGUUUUCGCGCAUUAAGCUUAGGAAUACGUUUAUUUGCUAAUAUGAUGGCCGGUCAUAGUUUAGUAAAGAUUUUAAGUGGGUUCGCUUGGACUAUGCUAUGUAUGAAUGAUCUUUUGUAUUUUAUAGGGGAUCUUGGUCCUUUAUUUAUAGUUCUUGCAUUAACCGGUCUGGAAUUAGGUGUAGCUAUAUUACAAGCUUAUGUUUUUACGAUCUUAAUCUGUAUUUACUUGAAUGAUGCUAUAAAUCUCCAUUAAAGUGGUUAUUUAUUUAUAAUUGAACAAAAGCGAGUCUGAAUGGGUAUACCUAGUCGUGGAGCAUUCCGAGUAUUUGCUUUAGGGAUCGUUCCUGCGCAUCUGCUUCCUUUAUAGCAGUUAUUGCUCUGGUUCCAGAAGGUAUAGCUCUUGCCUCGGCUUCGCCUUGGAAAUCGGAGACUGUUCCAAUUUCCUACUGAGAUAGGCAAGCGGAGGGAGAACUAGACGUAUCUUGCUAGGCAAAGACAGGUUAGAAUGGAUAGCUUCGCUAGGUGCCGCGCAAUCUGCUGCUGCUGGGUUGAGGAAAGACUCAACCCAUUUCGCCCAGGAAGGAUUGAUUGCGAAACCUACCAAGAAUUCAUUUUCAUUGCAGGAUGGAUCAUAGGAUCAGAUGUGAUCUCUCGUGUCUCCACCAUAAUGCCCAGGUUGGAACAUGAAAUGAUAUUAUUGGCAAAAAAAGAAGGGAACGAAGUAACUCGACCCCGAAGGGGGGAGGGAUUCCAGCUAGACUGUAGAAGCCGGUGGUUAUGCUGGAAAAGCCUAUUCUCGUCACGUUCAACGCGGGUGAACCAGCCAAAUUGGAAUAAAGAAUAUGAAUAGGAAUAGAAAGGUGUACUAUCGAUCAAUGCCCGCUUUAGGUCCUCAAAAAAGUAAAAACUGGUUAUACGCCCAUCUUGAGAACUUAGGAUCCUCUUUUUGAAAAUGUCAAAACGCUUAGCUUAGUUUGUCGACUCUAUCUCAACAAAGGAAGAAUCGUUCGUUCAAGGCAAAGUCUACUUCGCUUCUUUUUCGUCAUGUCAGUAAUAAAAUGGUAUCAAAACCGGGAAAGGAAAUUAGUAUAUUUUUCUUCAUGUCACCCUUGUGUAUUGGCAUGAACAGUGCGUUUUAUCGAGAUUGUUGGCAUCCAAAUCUUGUAAUCACAUCUCCAUGGUGAAAGAGAAGGGAACAAGCAACGGACAUAGAAUAGAGAGGCAAAGAAAGAAGGCAAGCUGAGGUGGAGGGAAGCUAGGAUCGACUCGGUCUCUGGAGCUGUAACCAUAGUUUGCGAGGGUCCGAAGGAGAAAGUCGUAGCUUGUGUGUUUCUGGAAUCUGGAUUGGCUUCGUCUUCCGAAGGGACCCUGCCCACGCACGGAAAGCAAGCGCCAGUGGCGGUACGGCCUGAGCUAUCUAGGCAAGAGUCGUCCGAGACAGAAACAAGUGGUACUGACUACACGGAUGCCACUCGAACUGAUGACCCAUAUAGGGGGAGCACGUCGCAUGGGAAGAAUCGGCGUUUAAUGCGGGCAUUGUUGCAAGUAGGCAUUAUAGUAGUAAAUGGACAUUACAAGUAGUGGAGAGUACAGAGUACUACUCCAAGCGAGACUCGUCUAAGGGUUCAAAACCUGUGACAGCGGAUGCGGACGGUACUGAAUGGCGGGUUGAUGAGCCAAUAGGAAGGCCAGGGGCAUACGGAUCUUUUUAACCGAAAGAGAGACUGAACCAAGGAAGCAACCAUACUGACUGAAGCCAGAAGAAGCGCGGGGACUGACUAUCAGACAGAACGGAAGAGAAUUGAUAGCUCAGGAAAGACUUUAUCUCAACUUAGUCCUCAGCUCGUGAAUCAGGCUAUCCUUUCUGAUGCUCCUUAUGUUUUUACCAAAAGGUAAAACAUUUCCUUCCUUUCUAGGUGUUAGCA